GCUUCUGAGACAUAUCAGUAAUAUUAAGAUCGCAGUUCCAAUACUAAUAAUGGCUUCCAGGCAGGAGUUCGUGGUGGUUUUAAUCGCCACGGCGGUUGCUGUGCUGCCAUUUGCCAUGGCGGCAGAUAUUGUGAUAGGUGGACAGGAUGGCUGGAAGCCGGACUUCAACUACACCAAUUGGGCCAGCAGCAUGGAGUUCAGGGUCGGUGACCAAAUUGUGUUCAAUUACACUCGAGGGGGUGACAAUGUGAUCCCAGUAGGGGGAGACGAAUUCAAGGCGUGCAAUGCAAGUGAGUCGUCUAAUGUUGUUCUUACAAGCGGCCACGAUGUGCUGCUCCUCAACUCUGAGGGAAGGAGAUGGUACUUAUCCGGGGUUGGAGAUCACUGUCUAAGGGGCCAGAAGUUAGUAAUCAAUGUUGUUCCUGCGGCAACUCCACCUCCGACUACACCUCCAACUCCAACUCCGACUACACCUCCAACGCCAACUCCAACUCUGCCUCCACCGAUUCCUUCUUCACCUUCUCCUUCGCCUUGGUCUCCUUUGCCGCCGACUCCUCAACCAUCCAAUGACGUCCCACCGCCAUCAAGUUCGUUGCGAAUCACGGCGGAUGUGUAUCAGAUACUAUUGCUGGUGGCAACGACGGCGAUGAUCGUUAAGGCAUGAAGAGUUUGAUCAUUGUAAUGCCUAAGCCGAAUGGUGUAGUUUUAAAAUAAACCUGUUCGUUGUGAGAAAAGAUCGAAUUCGGAGUGGUUUAACUUACAUUAAAAAUGUAUUGAGCAACUAUUUCAAGCGUAAGUUUGAAGAUUGUAGAUG